AUGAAAUUCGUUUCCCUCCUUGCCCUGUUGCCUUUAUUCAGCAUACUGAUUGCAGGAUGCGGGUCCGAAAUCUCAUCCGAGCCGCGGGAAUUGCUCCUGGCGCCGAAUGAUUUCCGGAACAGCAGUCUGUCCGUCCUUUCUCUUAGCGAGGAGCAAUCGCUGGACGGCCCUUCGGCGCAAGUGGAGCUGCAGGGUCCGCAAUACCGGGUGCUGCAGAGCGUGGUGUUAUAUGAGGACCGCGAGUUGGCCUUAUCCGCCUUGGACGGCAUCCGCUCCGACCUCGUAAGCCGGGGUGAAGCGGGUCCGGGCGCACCUCAAACCAGCGGCGUCUACCAGCACAUGUUGGGUAACGACGAGGCGGCCAGCCUGUUCUUUAUCGAGGGCCGAGCUCUCGUUCGGCUGACUGUCACUGGGGACAACAGGGUGGAAUCUCUGGAUCAGUUGGCUGGACUCGCACGGGACAAGCUGGCGGGCGGAUGA